AUGGAGGAAUUUGUGUGCAAAAUUUCAGAUGUAAAAAAAACUUUGAAAGUCAUGACUGAUGUGUCAUCCCUUUUUUCUGUUGUUUCUCAACUGAGUGGUUUGAUAAGGAAUUUAUGGUACAAACAAAACCAACUCAUUUCUCAAUCCUUCUAUGUGCUUCUGAUAUUCGACAAACCAUUUGGUUUGGAAGAAGAGGAUAGCAAUAGAGAAUGA